AUGGCUUCGAUGGCCGCGUCUGCACGUGCAGCCCAUCUAGACGCUGCUUCCCAGGCUCUGCUUGCAAGCUCACCUGCAGUUUCAGCUUACUUGCAGACUCAGCGAACAGAAAAUUUGACCACAAGCAAUAAAGACUCUUCGAUCCAAGCGUGUCUCUCUUGUGGAUCUCUCCUCAUUGCCGGGUGGAACGCCAGUCUCGUCAGAACCUCAAAACGCACUCGUCAAGACCGCCUUGCGGGUAAUACCUCGAAAUCAUGCAAAAUCAAAUGUUCGCCUUGCGGAACAACCCAAGACAUGCGUCUUAAAUCAACUGAAAAGAUUUCAACCAAAUCACACAAGCCCAUAUUACACCCAACAGCACAGCCGAAAGUCCAAAGAAAUCCGAUUCACUCGCACCCAAGAGCUCAAUCAACUCCUGGCCCCAACGAUGCUUCCGCUCAAGCAUCGCCCUUACCUGCCGAAGAACCGGUAGAAGCAAGCAGCAAAAAGCGCUCCCGCAACAAAAAGUCCACGAAUAAUCUGCAAGCCAUGCUCGCGAAUCGCAAAGCCACUACAAAUCCGCGCAACACAGGUUUUGGGCUCGGUCUAGGAGAUUUUAUCAAGUGA